GAGAGUUGCCUUCUUCAACACUUCUUCUCCCUUCCCCUUCCCCGCCACCACCACCACCACCACCUGCCUAUUUCCUCACAAGACUCUAUAAAUACCCUUUCUCUCCUCUCUUUUUCUCUUCCUUCUCUGGUUCGUAAUUUGUUCCUCCAAUCAUCAAAUCCCAUUUCUCUCCCUACCCCUCCGCCAAUUCUCCAAAUCACAGAAAGGUCUUCCGCCGCUUCCUGCGUUUACCCGGUGGCCGGCUGGCAAUUGCUAGAACAACCGUUUCCACCUGGAUCAUUCAGGCAGAUACGGAAGUGCAGAUUGGCCAGCAAAAGUCAUUUUUUCUCUCAACAAUCUUUUUUGACAAAUAAUGUUCAACUUUACCCGCUUGCUAUAAAUGUGGUGCAGCUUUGGAGAUGAAAAGUUUUCGGGAAGUCUGCGCUUGAUGGAUAGCUCUCCCAGUUGCAGUGACAAGAAAACAUUGAAGAGGUGGUUUUUCAUUGACAAGAGGGUAGGGUAAACAAUCACCGAGGGCAGAUCGAUCUUUCAGAGUGCUUUUUCAUACACCUAACUCUCUAUAACUAGAUCACAAAAAAAGAGUCUGUGGCCUUAAAUGGAGAUGAAAUCAAGUAGUUCCUCUCCAGUUCUCACUGAUCCAUCUCCAAUAAACAAGAGACUUGGUAUCCAUACCGGUCUGCCUUCAUUCUCCUCUGGGAAGUACAUUAACAUCCCUAGGAAAAAGAUAGGGAAGCUUGACGACGUUCGAUCCAAUGGAUGGCUUGAUGCCAUGAAAUCAUCAUCACCUCCUCGCAAGAAAUUCAUCAAGGGUUUCAGCACCGCAGCUGAAGAUCCUGACUUUGCUUACUGCUCCUGGAUGCUCAAGUAUCCAUCAGCAUUAAGUUCAUUUGAGCACAUUACCCAUUCUGCAAGGAACAAGAAGAUAGCAGUGUUUUUAGAUUAUGAUGGAACACUAUCUCCAAUAGUAGACGACCCAGAUCAAGCUCUAAUGUCAGAGGAGAUGCGUUCUGCUGUAAGAAACGUAGCAAAGUAUUUCCCAACAGCCAUUAUCAGUGGAAGGAGCCGUGACAAGGUUUAUGAGUUGGUAGGACUAAGAGAGCUCUACUAUGCCGGUAGUCAUGGAAUGGACAUCAUGGGUCCUACCAUCCAAACAGUGCCCACUGACCACCAUCUGAACUCUUGUGUUGAAUCUACUACUGACCAACAGGGCAAGGAGGUGAACCUUUUCCAGCCCGCCAGAGAAUUCAUUUCCAUGAUCGAUGAGGUUUUUAGAACCCUUGUCGAGAAUACGAAAGAUAUAAAAGGUUCGAAAGUUGAGAACCACAAGUUCUGUACCUCUGUACAUUAUCGUAACGUAGAUGAAAAGAAUUGGCCUACAAUUGCUCAACGCGUUCAUGAUAUCUUAAAGGACUAUCCUCGCUUGCGAUUAACUCACGGGCGGAAGGUUUUAGAAGUCCGCCCAGAGAUCGAAUGGGAUAAAGGGAAAGCUGUUGAGUUUCUGUUGGAGUCUCUUGAUCUGAGCGAUGUUGAAAAUGUACUGCCGAUCUACAUAGGGGAUGACCGGACGGACGAAGAUGCAUUCAAGGUCUUGAGGCAAGGGAAGAGAGGGUAUGGGAUUCUUGUCUCCUCUGUAGCUAAAGAGAGCAGUGCUUUCUACUCCCUCAGAGAUCCUACUGAGGUAAUGAGAUUUUUGAAUUCCCUAGUGGUAUGGAAGAGGCUGCUUGAAGGUGGUGGGAGUGGAGGAAAGAUGAACAGAAGAACAAUUUAGUAGUGGAGCUGCAUGCAAAUAAAAGAGUUUUCUUUUUUGCAGGGCUGCCAACUAGUUUGCUCUGUUGUUUUAGCUUUCUGUUCUUUCACAUUCUAUAGAGUAUGAUGCGUGCAGCUGGCCAAUAUUGGCGCAAGCCACUACUGGCUAUGCCUUCUCUACGUUUAUAACUGUAGUUCCCUCUCGAUUUUUUUGUUUGUUUAUUACCAUGGAAUUUUGUUCUACAGCUUUUAUUCAAUGUAACAUGGCAGUAUUUGUCUUGCACGAUUUGAGUCAAUAAAAAUGUAACCUUGGUUUUUAUUUAGUGUUCAUAUAAAGAGGAAAAUGACCAAUUACAUACUAA